AUGAAUUCUCGGUACGAGCUGGUAGCAGUGUUGUUAGUGUUGAUUAAUAUAAAUGGAUACGACGGUUACAUUACCACCGGUAUACCGCAGUUAAUAGAGCACGAUCGUAGGGCACAACCGUUGAAACUUCAGCUUGCACUCUCUAAAAACUCAUCACAACACCGCCCAAUUAUCAACCGAAACGAUGGCGCGUUCCGGUUUCCGGAAGACUUUCUUUUCGGUGCUGCAACGGCCGCGUACCAGAUCGAAGGUGCCUGGAAUGAGGAUGGCAAGGGACCGAGUGUAUGGGACACGCUAACGCACGACCAUCCCGAGCUGGUAGUCGAACGGGCUACAGGGGACCGGGCCGCUGAAUCUUACCAUCUCUACACAAAGGAUAUCGAAGCGCUCGCGUCGGUUGGAUUUGAUUUUUAUCGCUUUUCGAUCGCCUGGUCCCGGCUCCUACCGCGUGGUGAUCGAUCAUCACUAAAUGAGCAAGCUGUUGAGUAUUACAACCGGCUGAUCGAUGAACUGGUGGCGCACGGGAUAGAGCCGGUGGUGACGAUGCUGCACUACGAUGUACCACAGUAUUUACAGAAUUUGGGAGGCUUUGCGUCGCCACUGAUAGUGGAUUAUUUCCAAGAGUAUGCGGAAACACUGUUUGAAACGUUUGGUGAUCGUGUUAAACUGUGGAUUACACACAAUGAACCGUACGAUUUCUGUGUGGAAGGGUAUGGUACGGGCAAUACGGGCCCUCUCGUCUAUGCCUCCGGUGUGGGCGAGUAUCUGUGUGCGCACUAUGUACUGCUGAGCCAUGCUGCAGCCUAUCAGCUUUACAAUGAAAAGUAUCGCAUGAAACAAAAUGGUUUGAUGGGUAUAACGCUCAGUGGAAGAUACUACUAUCCCGCCACUAAUGUCACGGCACAGGACGCCGUUGACCGUGCGAUUGAGUUUCAGAUUGGCUGGUUUGCAGAUCCCCUGUUCGGAGAGGAUGGUAACUAUCCGGCCGUUAUGAUAAAUGAAAUCGCCAACCAUAGCCUACUGGAGGGUCGUACUCGCUCCCGGCUACCAACGUUUACCGACACCGAGCGUACCCUUCUACGGGGAAGUGCCGACUUUUUCGCCUACAACUAUUACUCUAGCCGACUGGUUGAGCUUGACAAUACGAAAUACGACCCGCGCCAAACGCCAUCUUGGCAGCGGGAUGCACGUAUUAUACAAUCCGUUGAUCCUGGAUGGAGCAGAGCGAAAUCUUCCUGGCUUUACGUAGUGCCGGAAGGGUUGCGUGGCAUACUGAAUUGGGUACGCAAACGCUACCACAAUCCGAACGUGCUGAUCACGGAAAAUGGUUACUCCGAUGAUGGUCAGCUCGAUGAUACGGCGCGCAUCGAUUACUAUGCACGCCAUUUAAAUGCUGUGCUGGGUGCUUUGCACGAGGACGGGUGUAACGUUGCUGGUUUUACCGCCUGGAGCAUCAUCGACAAUUUCGAGUGGUUGAGAGGAUACAGUGAAAAGUUUGGCCUUUUUUACGUCAACUUCAGUGAUCCUUUGCUGAAACGGAUUCCCAAACAGUCGGCCAGCUUUAUGGCACGUGUUAUCAGCACACGUACCGUUCCGAAGGAGUAA